CGGAAGUGGGAGGUGACCCCGGAAGUUCCCGCGCGACGGAGCUGUUAAGUGCGAUCUGCUCGGCCCGGGGGAUUCCGCGCGUCCGUUCCUGCGAGGGCUGCGCCUGCCGGACCUGCCAUGGACGAUACGCUGUUCCAGCUGAAGUUCACGGCAAAGCAGCUGGAGAAGCUGGCCAAGAAGGCAGAGAAGGACUCCAAGGCGGAACAGGCCAAAGUGAAGAAGGCCCUUCAGCAGAAGAACGUGGAGUGCGCGCGCGUGUAUGCCGAGAACGCGAUCCGCAAGAAGAAUGAAGGCGUCAACUGGCUCCGCAUGGCAUCCCGCGUGGACGCCGUGGCCUCCAAGGUGCAGACGGCCGUGACCAUGAAGGGGGUGACCAAGAACAUGGCACAGGUGACCAAGGCCCUGGACCGGGCGCUGAGCACCAUGGACUUGCAGAAGGUCUCUGCCGUGAUGGACAGGUUCGAGCAGCAGGUGCAGAAUCUGGAUGUGCACACGUCGGUCAUGGAGGACUCCAUGAGCUCGGCCACCACGCUGACCACGCCCCAGGAGCAGGUGGACAGCCUCAUCGUGCAGAUCGCCGAGGAGAACGGCCUGGAGGUCCUGGACCAGCUCAGCCAGCUGCCCGAGGGCGCCUCCGCCGUGGGCGAGAGUUCCGUGCGCAGCCAGGAGGACCAGCUGUCGCGGAGGUUGGCCGCCUUGAGAAACUAGCCGAGCCCCCGCCGUGGGGCGCUGCGUCCCCCGCCUCGACGUGCGGGAAGGGCCGGGGAUGAGGGCUCCAGCUCACCCCCCCACCCAGGCCUCUCGCCUUCCUGCACACCCUGCAGCGCAGCCCUGACCUCCAGGCCUGGGAAUUGUCCCUCUUAGCAUAGACGGUGGCUCUGUGUCCUGGUGGGUGAGUUUGCACAAACUUCUGACUUCUGUUUCUGUGACUCUGGGCUGACCGGCUCGGGGUCUGCAGGCGCCCCUCCCCGUCCCCUACCCUCUGAGGGGUUGAUGGGGACUGACCAGUGGACACUGUGUGGACCGUGGGGGCCCCCAGACUCCGUGCUGCUUGCGAUCAGCCAGCGGGGUCAGCCUGCUUCCUGCUUCAGCCUGGCGGGCCCAGCACCCACUCGCGAUCCCUGGUGUGAGGCUCCAGGUCCAGGCGGGCCCACCUCGGGGGGCCGCGUCCCCGUUCCACUGCUGCCUCCGGAGGGCCCGGGGCCCUGAGGGCUGUGCCGUGCAUCCCCCAGGAACUCAGGGUCUGCACUGAGGCCCCUCCCAGUGGGGGGCAGCCGGCCUCCCGCUCCCGGCCACGUGCUGGCCUUGCGCUGUGCUGUCCAUAACAGGGGCCUCCCCACCACCGCUCUCUCCUCCCGCUCCCACCGCCAGACCUGGAAGCCAGAGCAGCGGGCCGGGGUUUGGGAGCUCGGAGAGGCACCCCGGCAGGGCCGGCCGUGGGGGAGCCGUGGCAGCCACAGCCGGGCAGCUGGCGGCGGCUCCCCCCACCGAAGAUUUCCUGUCACGGGCUGCAGUUUCUAGUUUUUCCGUUUCCUGAAGUUUACUUUGUUUCCUUGAAGUUUCGUGGGUUGUUUUUUUGCCAAAAUAGACGUAGCAGACAGCAGAUGAGGGGUGUUGGGUCCAAGCCCCCUUCUUGGCAUGAGCUCGGGAGGGACUUCGUGGUUUGUCCUGAGCAGGGCCCCUCUCUGUGCUCCGCUGACCGUCCGCCCAGUCCUCCCCAGAUGCCCCCAGCUGCCCGGGCCGUCCUCACACCCAAGCCUCUUGUGAACGGGAAUGUUGGCGACUCGCCACGUCUGAUUCUCCUGGGCCCGGUGGCUGAAGGUGUUCUGUGAAGUCUGCUGUGUUGGCCUGGAUGCCGCACUGCGGUGUGAGGCCCCAGACGGAGGGUCAGAGUGCUGUCCCUCCUCCCUUCCGCAGUGCCAACCUCGCCUUACUCCCCGGCUGCGGUCUCUCGGGGCGCCCAUGUGCAGGGAUGCAGAGGAGGUCCUGGGCGCUGGGGGUGCAGGGCUCCCUGACUGUGGCCCCGCAGAGAGCAGUGGGUGUGUUUGCCCGUUUUCCUAAAACACUGUUGUGAGUAAACAGAUUGAUCCCUGAGAACUUUCUCCAGCUUUGCUUUUGUGGCUUUGGGUGGGGCAGGGGGCUGUAGGGGGAGCCUUGGUGUGGCUCUCUGGCCCCUCUUAGGAGGCUGAGGAGGGUUACCUGGAAGAGGGCGGGUGGGGGGUGAGGUAUGCAUGUUCUCAGGCUCUGCCCCCGCAGAUGGAAUUGGAAUCCAAAAUGUUAAGUUUUCUUUUUAAGUUUGUACCUUGAAAUAACUUGAAACGUAUAUAAAAGUCGCGGAGCACA